GGAGAAGGCAUGUCCUGUUGCAAACCUGUGCGAAGCAGCCGCCAUACCGGAAACGCAAUAAUCUAAGGUCGAGGUACAGAACUAUGCAGCGACGGACGACAUUAGCGAGCGGAUCCAAGCCCGUUCAAGUUCAAUCGUGGUGGACAUCAACCAUUCCCUUUUCUGCCCUGGGUUGUGUGCCGCCUCCUCUGCAAGCUCGCCCCUGGCCCGUUCCCGCAAUGCAACGGCGCGUCACCCGUUACUCACGGUCCAUCUCCUCGAGCUCACCGACCAACGUCAACGUCAAUGUCAGGCCCAUCAGUGCUCCAGCUAUAGCGAGUUCGACGGCGCGCGCGAUGGGGAUGACCUGUCUUAACAGCGGACGACAACGAUCUCGAGGGUCCAACACCAACAAGCAAGGACAGCAACCAGAGGGUGGAUGCUCGCUGGGAAUGAGCGAGAGAGAGGAUGGAUUGGUAUUCGCAUCCACACGGGAAUGGCUAUCUAGGUGUUACGCUACUGGGUGGGAUGAACCUGUCGCGCAGUGUGAUUCCGGACCAGUCUCUGCAGUAAUCCAUCACGUUUACCUUUGCCCAAUGCUCCUUGGUGGCCAUCCAGCCCGUGUCGGUCCAGCCAUCCAUCCAUCCAACCAUGCCAGCCUACCACGCCAUCCGUCCGUGUCCGGCAACACUAGCACUGCCCAUGCUCGCAACUCCAUGCAACUUGCCCCAACCUCCCCUCGGCAGCGUACCAAUCUCACCCGCUAGAGACGCUCUAUUUCUGGCCAAGAGUGUGACGCCAUCCGAUGUGCGUGAUGCGUGAGCGUGGAGGUUAGCACGUAUUACUGUCCAAACUGUCUGUUCGAGGUGCCCAGUGCGAGCGUGCGCGCGGAGGAAAAUCGAUGCGCUUUGUUUGCCCGCAUGCUCCAACACUCUCCAGACUAAUUCCUGCGCGAUAAUGAGGCAUGACGGGGUACGCGUUCGCCCAAUCGAUGACGUCGUCAUCCUUCACAGACGGCACGUCGACCGAUAAAGGAAAGUUGUGUAGACCGUCUGGAAUAGGGGCGAGAGUAGAAUGGCUCGGGUUUCCCAUUGACGAAUUAAUAUUCUCAGAGAAGAUUUUGUGGAUUUUCCCGACGAGGCGUGGUCGUACGGUCGUACAUCAACCUGACUCUGGGCGUCAAUCGACGUUUUGCAAGGUUCUCAUGUCCAC